AUGUCCGAGUUAGAACCUAUUUUACAUUUUAUUUGUUCGGGUAAUGGCGACUGUUUAAUUUUAGAAUUCAAUGAUAAUACAUUUUGGCUUAUUGAUGGUGGAUCCGCACAAACUCCAUACUAUCAAUAUUUGAGAAUAGCGAUUUUUAAACGUCGUAUAACAGCAUUCGAAGGGAUUAUUAUAACUAACGUAAAUAAAAAUCGCAUUGAUGGUGUUACUAAACUUUUUAAUGAAUGCUUUCCGCUCAAUAGUACCAGCGACAAAGAAUUUCAAGAUCUUAAAUAUAUCAUCCUUACCGAGGAAUUUAGAGAUUUACCGAUUGUUAAAAUUAUAAAACAAUAUGAAUUUGAGGAAAUUAAUGAAAUAAACGAUAUCCAAAUUAUAAAAAAAAAAACUUUUAUAAAAUGUUUUUUCCAUGAAAAAGGAAGUUCUUUAAUUUUCAGGCGUAAAAAAAAUGAUGAAAAGAAAGAAGGCUUUAAUAUUGUCAGUUAUAUGCCAAAUAUUCCUGUUCAUAAUUACGUGGCAAAUACCGCGUCUAAUUUUAUGUCCAAUUAUAUGGCAUCUGUAACUAAUUAUGUUACAAAUAGUUCUAUGGCUAAUUAUGUGACAAAUAGUUCUGUAGUUAAUUAUGUGGCGAACUUCGUACCAAUGACAGGAGAAUUUUCUGAAUUCAAAAAAGUUGAUAAUGAAAAAUCUUUGGAACUAUUUAUAAAACCUAGCAUUGAACAACAUAUUAGCGUCAUUACAUAUUUACAGCAUACUUUGGAAGAUGGGAAUGUUAACACAAUGUUUCUCACUAGCGAUAAUGAUGCUUCAUGGAUAUUAGAAGUGCUAAGGACAAAUUUAAGAAAACAUCAAAAGAUUUCUCAACCAGAUAAACAACAAAAUUUAUUACAAUCUAACGAACUCCUUACCAUAGAUUUGUUUAAAGUACCAAAUCAUGGCUCAAGAAUUAAUUCUAUAUUUGCCAAAACUUAUGUUCCUAAGUACGUGAAUCAACAAUUUACUUUAAUGAUGAUUCUGUACUAUGGUGAGCAAUUUAGUUUUUAUGAUAAUGAAGACAAAUCAGAUAUUGUUGCAGAUUUUGAACAUAUGUUUAACCUUACAAAUUUUGGAAUGUUCGAAGAAGCAGCUCUAUCAAGAGAAUAUCUAACAUCUGCUUUUGAUCCAACAUCCAUUAAAAUUUUUUUAAAAUAUAUGGCAGAUGCAUUAGUAAUUAGCGAUUUGACAGAGGAUAAAGUUGAUUGGAAAUGGAAUGAAAUAAAUUGGGGCAAAAUUGGAAGAGAAUUAUAUAAAUUUUACGAAGAGAAUCAAAAUAUUGAUCCAAUUAACUGGAAAAAAUAUGAUUUUAUCAAAAAUAAAGAUAAUAUUAGCGAGGAAGAACUUGACCAUUAUUUUAAUAGUAUAAAGGAGCGAAUUUAUAAAAAUUUUGAUAUAAUCAUUUGUACAAACCAGAGUGCUAAAAUAAGACCACAAUAUGCCAAAAAUUUAAAGCCAUUGUUAAAUUCAAUGUGGAAUAGUUUAAAUCUUUCACCAUUAGCAUUUCAAUAUAUUGUCACUUCUAUUUCAACUUUUUACAAGUCAUUUAUCGCAAAAACUUAUGUUAUCUCCUCUGAAUCAAAACAUGGCCAUCCAGAUCCCUUGAUUGUCGCUGGGAUAGUAAAAUCUAUAUUAGAAGAUUCAAAUAAAGAGAGAAUUGCAAAUAUUUUAUUUACUAAUGAAUCAAAAAUCAACAUGAAUUUAUUAGCUGCUACUAUAAAUAAUGUAUUAGAAAAUGAGGCAAAACAAUCAAUUGACUUUAUUGAUAGACUAAACCAACGUAUCGAGAUUUAUGCUAAUUGUGGAAAAGCUUAUGAAGUCAGCGUUAAACUUUCUAGCUAUGCAUCUGAUUAUCCUAAGAAUGUUAUGCUAUUUCGUUGGGAUCCUGAAGAGAGUAAAGAAAUAAAGAAAGUUUAUGAUAUUCUUAAUUGUAAAGUUCCAAGUCAUUCAACCGGUAAAAAUACCGAAUUUCGUGCAAAAAUCUCAAGUAAAAAACCAUGUCUAUGGCUCGGUGUUAACACUAAAGGCGAUCUGAUACCAGUUGAAGAACCCACUACAUUUUUGUUAUCUAAUAUACCACCUAUUGAUCAAUAUGUAUAUAGAAUGUCAAACGGAAAAAAUAAUUUUAUUAUUAAAUUUGAAUGGAUAGUAAAAAAUAGAUAUGAUAAUUUUUAUUUAAUGGAUUUAGAACUAGAUACUGGAAAGGUUCUUUAUUAUGCUAUUGAUAAUUCAACACCCUCUUCGCAAUUUAAAAAAUUGCCUACCAAUGAAGGUGCGCUUGUAUUUUCAUACGAAAAUCAAUCAGAUAAUCAAAAGAAGGGUCAAACUUUAGAAUCUUUCUUGAAGGAGCUUGGAGAGUAUAAAGAAAAUUUAAUAAUGAAAGUUAAAAAUGCGGCCAAUUAUAUAAUGGGACCUUCUAAUGUUGAAAGAGCGUUUAGCUCCCUUCCAUCUAUUUUUGAUAAAAUAUUGUAUUCUGAAAUAGACAUAGAAUCUGAGGUUGAAUGGGAAAUUACCAAAGAUAAACUACUUGAAAUAAAGAAUGCUACAAUUAAACUAAAAGAAACAGAGCUGCCCAGACUUACUCCAGAUAUUUCUAAAAUUCUUCCUAAAACUUUUGAUAAAGUGACAAAUGUGCAAAUCAACGUCCAAAAUCCAAGAAUUGAAGGAAUGGAGAUAACUGUAAAAAUUGAUACAGAAAAUAAGGAUAAAUCAAAUAGUUACUUUACAUGGGCUUCAAAAAUACCGGAGGUUUCUCAAUCGAGAUCUAUUUUUGAUUAUCUUUUAAACGCAAAUGUUCAGCAAAACAAUUUGAAAAGUGAAACUCUUACCCUAGGAUAUUUAUGUUUGUUAAUGAUGCCUCAAUCUUUCAUCAUACCAGAAUUCUUGAAAAUUCCACUCCCAUUUACAUCAAAAGCCUCGUUAUUAAAUUGUAAAGUAAACCAAGAAACUUCGGAAGUGGAUUUUUUACCUGGUCCUACCGGGACUAGAAUAAUUCAAUCUAAAUUCUUUUUGGAAACGGAAGGCAAAUUAAAUUUUCAACUUGAAAACAUUUUAAUCUCACAAAUAGCUGACAUCAAAGUUAUCAUCAAUGAUCCAGGUGUUGUUAAUAAUGGGCCAAGAAUAACUAUUGAUGCUUUUGCAGAGAUCGAAAAUAUUGAAUCAGGAAGAAUAUUUACACAGAAUGAUAAUGAACAAUUUAUUUUGCUGAAAUUUGACAAUAAAACGCUCGCUCAAAUUACAAAAGUUGUCCUUAAAAAUAAUAUAUGUGACAAUAAAAUAACGCACACUCGAAUUACAACAGAUGCACCUGGUAUAGAGAAUGUAUGUGACGAUAAAAUAACGCACCAUAUAGAGAAUAUAUUUGAUAAUUUAAAGGUUCCUCUAUAUGAGAAAACCUUGAAUGACCUUUUAAAAGAUAAUAAGAUGAAAUUUUGUUUGUCGUUUCAUCCAAUAUGCGAACCUCCAACAAUAAAUUUUAAGAUGAAAGAUAUUCAAAUAUUUGCGAACGACUUCCUUAAAAUAGAAAAAUCUAUGUUACCACAUCAAUUUUCAGAACUGUUGCUAACAAAUAAGAACACUGUUAUUUCUAUAUUAAAUCCACUAGAUAAGGAAAAUAUAAUGAUUGGCCUGGAUAUAAAUUUUAAUCUUUUAAUUGCUGGUAAAAACCUUUUGGCCAACCUUUCUUACAUACCUAUUAAAGAAACAGAGCAAAAAUAUACAUCGACUAAGUAUGUGAUUUCAAUCAAAUCACAAAACUUAGAUGAUAAAAAUGCUCCUCCAAACUUGGAGGACGUGUUAAAUGCUAUCGGAUUAAAUGAAAUAUUCAAAAAGCUUAAGGAUACUGCACCGAUGCUCUCGAAUCCUAUAUUUAAAGAAUUAAAAUCAGUGACGUUUCGACAUCUUUAUUUACAAGUUAAAAGUAAAUCGAAUAGUAAUACCUUUUAUGAAAUAGGAGAUUUCGAACUUGGUAUUACAAUUCCUAGCUUCAUUAUUAAAAAGGAUGUCAUCGAAGUCGAAAAUGCGAAUAUAGAUUUAGAAUACUGUGACGAGCAAUGGUCUGGAAAAAUUAAAAGUAUGGUUGCAAAAGGAAAUGAUAUAUCUAAUUGUUUAAUUGAAUACGUGUCACCAACGAAAGAAAGUUUUGGAAGCUUGAUAAUAAAAAACUUUCCUGUGUAUCUUACUUUUAAUAAAAUUCUUGAAAUUCUUCAACUUAAUAAUGUUUUUAAAAUCCCUAUCCUUAGUGAUUUAUUUAAAAGUGCAAUCAUUUCGGAAAUCAACAUUACCUUGACCAAUUCUGAUACAAUGGAUUUUAUUAUUCAAGAAUUAUCCAUCAUUCUUAGAGCUGACGAAUUUAAUUUGGAGAAUUUGAAUAUUAAACAAUUGAAUAUACACAUUUUUUACAGUUCAGCUAUAUGGAAAUGUAGUAUGGAGGGAAAUUUUAACUCAAUUAUAACAAAAUUAAGUUAUGACAAUGAAAAGCGUCAAAUUCAUGCUACAUUAACUCCCUUUCAGAAUAAAUCACUCAAAGAAACUGUUAAACUGCUAACAAAAGAAACGAUUCCUGAUGAUGCAAUAUCUGAAUUAAAUAUUAAUUCAGCAAACUUGGUAUUCAAUAUUGACAAUAAAAGUAUUGAAACUUUUUCAAUUGAAUUGGAAGGAAUAUUAAUACAUGAAAAAGCUAUUAUUUCUCUUAAAGAUAAUGACAAUAUUUGCGCCGAGAUAACACUAAAUUAUAUUACCAAAAAUACAAAGAAAAUUAUUGAAGGUUCAUUCUCAUCGCCCAAAAAACUUAAACUUUCUGAAGUUUUACAAUUUACAGGAAUUCAAUGUGAUUUAUCAAAAAUAUUGCCAAAUUUACCAAAUUUACCAAAAUUCGAUGAUUUACAAAUAGCAGAAAAAAAUUCCAUAACAAUCUCAACAAAUCCGUUUCAAAUUGUCAAAUUUAGCAUUUCGACGGAAGCCAAAGAAUAUAUAUUAUUAAAAGAUCCUUUAUUGGUUUUAAAACCUGUUGGGGUAUCUAUUAACUAUGAAGGAACGAAAGAUAAAGUCGAAGGAAAAAUAUAUGGCACAUUUGCUUUAAAUAAUGGUACAAAACUUAAUUUAGUAAUUGCUGGAUCAAAAACAUCUAGUGAAAAUACUUUUAUUGUGAGAGUGUAUAUUACUAAUGGUGAAAAUGUUAUUAAAGAUAAAUAUUCGGUAGAUAUUGGAACCUUUGUUAAUACGUUGCUAAAGAAUGACGAGUGGUCAGAUCGAAAACCAAAGGAAAUGGAAUUACCUCAAUUUAUAAUAAAAUCAUCAUCAAAUGAGACUGAAACAUACCUUUACAUAUGCAGUGAUAAAAAUGAUAUAGCCACAUCCAUUGCAUUAUAUGGGAAAAUUGAAUCAAUCGGAAGCGCAUUACUUUUAAUCAAGCCAAAUACAAAGAAGUCUACUAUGAGAAGAUUUGUUUUCAAGCAAUCUUUGGAUAGUGACAGUAAAUGGAAUUAUUUAUUUGCAUUAAAAACUCUUCCAAAUUUGAAAUUUGAAAAUUUAUUUGAUUCGGAAAUGGUGUCUGAUAUAGAUAAAGUUGUGCCUUUAACUCAAAGUAACCUCGUGCUUGUAUCAUAUCAAGGUGAAACAAUUGAUCAAGUUAAAAAAGAAUCAGACGAAAUGAUUAAAAAAAUCACUGAACUAAUCAAGCCGGAUAAAAAAAUUGAUGAUAUCAUAUCGGUUAUAAUACCAACAGGUCGAGACGAUAUUUAUAAACGAAAAUUAGGACCCGGACUAAGUCUAUAUGUAGAAUUUGAUUACAAUAAGGAUUACUUAAUAUUAGAAAAUCUUCAUGCCACGGUUGAUCCUAGUCACAAUUCAAUGAAGAUUACUGUGGCGUUGUAUAUGGGCCUUGAUAAAUUAUCUAAUUGUGAAUUUAAAGCUGGAAUUAAUGAUUUUAAAUUGAUUGGCGGAAUACAUUUUGAAAAGGUAGAAUUUUCCUAUAAGCCAGGUGUUUCAAAUCGUGAAUUAAACAUUUUUGGAAAGUUGAAUUUUGAAAAGUUACUUGAUACAGAAUUUUGGGUCGAAGGAACUUUGAAAAUAAGUGAAAAAAUAUCAUCAUUUGAGGUGAAAUCAAUAUCAAAACAAAUUACAAGUCCAUUUGAAAAAAUGAAAGGGAUAAUUUUUAGAGAACUAAAAUUUAUCAUGAAAUUCAAGUAUGAAGAUAGUCAAAAUACCGACAAGUUUAAUGGGGAAAUUAGUAGAAAGAUACAGGAAAGCACAUAUGAAUUAAGUGGCAAGGUUAAAUUUUCUUACAAAAAUUCCGAAAUUAUUUUGUCUGGAGGCAUUUUAUUUGUAAAUAGCACGCCUCGUGUUUGCCAAGUAACUAUUGAUCAAGAGACCGGGAUUAAUGCAUUAUUAAAAACUAUAUUUAUCAAAGGGAACCAUAAAUGGUCAAACAAUUUUCCGGACAUUGUUUUUAAUAAUGGAGAAUUAUAUUAUGCUCAAGAUGAAAUAAAGAUUGAUGAAAAAAUUUAUACUAAAGGCUUCAAUGCAAAUGCGCAUAUAGAUUUUUUUGGAAUCGAAAAACUUUUUGUAACUGUUAAAAUUACUGAUGGAAUGACAAUUGAAGUAACCGAUGACAAAAUCAAUGCUGAAAUAAAUUUAGGAUUUGUCAAAUUAUAUAAUUACAAAUUAUUAAUACAUUCAAAUGUUAAUCACAAUAGUAUUAGCAUGGAAGGUUCGAUAAAAUUGUUUGACAAAUAUUUUGCAAAAUUUGUAUUUGAAUACGACCAAUCAACAAAACGAUUAAGUGGAGAAAUUUCUGAAAUAUUUGGAAAUAAGGGACCAAAAAUAAAAGGAUAUUGGUCCAAAAAAGAUAAGUUUGUCAUCACGGAAUGGUAUUAUAAGUUAGAUUGGGAAAGUAAUAAAUUUGCCAAAUUUAUUGAAAAGGCAUCGAAUAUCAACCCCAAAUGCCAAAUUUUGGAUCUUGUACUUGAAGAAACUUUUACGGGAGAUUUCAAAAUAUCAAUGAGUAACUUUAAAACUCAAAAUAAUACUGUUUCAUUUGAUAUUGUUUGUACUUAUUCUAUAAAUAUAAAAGCUUCAACAAAAUCUACAGAAAUUGCAAAUAUUGUGACAACUAUCCAUUUAAACAUCGAUUAUCCGACGGAAGAUUAUUUUAACGAUAUUGCUGGAUAUUUAUUGAAAUGUUUGAAAGAUAACACUGCAGAAUUUUUAAAAAGUUUAUUACGUGAUCCAGAAAAAUUUGCAAUGUUUGUAGAUGCCUUAGCAAUUUCUACAUUGAAGAAUUUAGGAGAAUCUGCAAUAAAAGGAUUUGGAUGUAUAGCUGGUGAUAAACUAAAGGACUCGAGAAGCAAAAUAAAAGAACGAAUUAAAGAAGUUGUAGAUAAAGAGAGACCUAAACGUGAACCUUCGGAAAGUGAAAUAGAAGAAAUUGAAAGAGCAAAAACAUUAAGUGAAGCGAUAGCUAAAAUUAAUUCUCCGCUUUUACUAAUUGGAGAAUGGUUUGCAUUUUUUGAAUGGGCUAUUCUUUUUUUGACAUUUGGUGGUGUAAAAAAAAUCCUUGAUGAUGAUGAAUCAGAAUUAAAAAAAGUCAAAAAGACAAAAGAAAAAAUUCAAGGAAGAAUAAAUAAUGUUAUAAGGAAAUUUUUAUUUAUAGAUAGUUCAACCAUUGAAUUAGAAUUUAGUUCAGAAAAUACUCUAAAGAUUAAUUGGAAGAUGCCAUCAAAAGCAAAAGAUGAUAAAUUAGCUAUAAAUAUUAUAUUUGAUUUGCAAAUUACAGGGAAUGCUGAAAAAUUUGGAGAUGAAGUGAACCAUAACGAAUCUAAUAUCAAAGGUCCAUUAUUUAUAUUGGUGGAUGAUAAAUUGAUGAAAUGUUUUGAUGCUACUGUCGCAAUUACGGCAAUACUUUUAGUAGAGAAUGAUGCGAUUAAAAAAUUUACAGGAUUGCAAUCAGCAAAAGUAAAAAUAAGUCAUAGUCGAACGCUGCUACCUCCAACUACAUUAAUGUCAAAAUAUGAUCCAUAUAGUAAAUGCCUUACAAUUGACAUUAAAUCUUUAGAUCCUGAUAUUGAACGAUAUUUAUGUGAAUUGGCCGAUAGAGAUCAUAAAUGGGUUUAUUAUACAAUAAUUGAUGUGAACACAUCAUGGGUAAUUGAUACUGAUAAAGAACUGAUUGGUGCCCCAGGUGGUGAAUACACCGUAUGUGUAAAAGCAAAAGCAGAAGGUUGGAAGGAUAGCAAGUUUGUACAUGCUGAAGAAAUAGUAUCACAACUAUUACCUCCUAAAGUAAUUUCUCUUGAUUAUCAACCGAAUACUGAUUAUUUACAAAUAUUAGUAGAUGAUGAAAAUGAUAUGAAAAAAGUUUCUGGAUAUUUUUGUCAACUUUUUAUACGCAUGAGAAUAUUAUCUGAAAAUAUUAUAAAUUCGAAUUAUAAAAAUACUGAAAACUCUUUCAAAUUUCUUUCAAAUGUUGCUGAUAUAAAAGCAAAAUAUAGUAAUAAUAGCAUAAAACUUUCAUGGAAAAAUGUCACAAAUGCAAAUAGUUAUCAAGCCGCAGUAUAUAUUUGUGGAAAUCGAAUAAAAACUUUUUAUGAACAGGCAAAUACCUUAAAUAUUAAUGAUAAUGAAAUUGAUAAAUUUGAAGAAAUUAAACCAACGUCGGUGGAUUCAACAGCAUUGACCUAUUCAUUUUCGAUUCAAGCAAUGAACGGUAAUUCUAUAAAAACCUUACAUGGACAAGAAACAUUUGCAGACAAAAAGUUUACACAACUUCCAAAACCUACUGAUAUUAAUAUUGAAGUUAUUAAUAAUCGUGAAAAUAUUCGCAUUACUUUUGUUCCCAUUGAUAAUCAAUUAAGCAAUUUAAGAGAAUAUAUUGUUGGAUUAUAUAAUACUAAAUCAAACAAGAAACUAGUUAAAAUGGUUCAUUCAAAUUCAAAUUCUUGUAUAUUUGAGGCCAAUGAAAUUAACCUAAAAUUUGAAGAAAAUGAUACUUGUCAAGUACGGGUAUAUUCUAUUUCAUCAAAAGUAGAAGAAGUGAUAAAUAGUUUUCCAGCAAUAUCAACUGAUGUGUUAAGACUUUUACCAAAACCAAGAGACUUAGAAAUUUCAUAUAAACAAGGAUCUAUUUAUGUAUCUUGUACUGCUGAACCAGAAAAUCAUUACAUAAAAUCUUAUUGGUUUCAUAUUGAAAACAAAAAUAGUAAAGAAAAUUCAGAAGAUAAAACAAUUGAAUACAAUGGAUCAUUAAAAAUUAUUGAAAAAUUUUCUAGUGACUUGAUUAAUUCACCAGAUGGUAGUGAAAUUCAAAUUUAUGCUUCUGCAAAGGCAAUAGGACAUGAUUUGAUAUUAGACAGCAAGAUUAAAACUUCAGAUUCAACUGAUCCUAAUUCUUAUCUUGUAAAGUAUGCUGCACCUAGAAAUGUUAAGCACGAAAUUAAAAGUAAUAGUAUUAUUGUAACAUACAAUGCACCAAACAAAGGUCGGUAUGAGAUUCAAAUUAUAAAUAGAGAUAACUGUGAUGAAAAUGUAAUAACGUCGGUUAAGGAGUAUAGUGAGGAAGGAGAAGUCGAAAUAGAAAUUUCAUCAGCUAACUUUAACUGCAAAAAGUAUACAUCUCGUGUAAAACAAAUUUUAAAAGAUGAAGAUAAUUCAAUAAAGCGCAUUGAAAGCAUUUGGAAAUAUUCUGAAAACGAACCAGAAAACUGCCCGAAAUAA